UUACUGAAGGAAAGCGUCAGUCGGCAACGAGCCGUCGUCGACGCCACACGUUUCUACGCGAGCGUCUCAAAGCAUCGCGCCGCGUAAAUAACUUCGAUACGUAACAAAAAUAAAAAUCUAAAUUCACUUUUCGAUAUUAAUACAAUGAAAUUUAAAUACAUUCGAUAGAAUUUGUGUAGUUUAAAAAGUAGUGGAAAGUUACUUUAGGAAAGAAACUUUUUGAAAAACAAUUGAAAUAAAUUCAGUGCGUAUUGAGACUCUAUCUUCCUUGAAAUAAGAACUUGUAUUUCAAAACGAACGUUGUGGAGAGUUACUUGACACCGAGGCAUUAAACGUGUCCGAUGAAAUAUAAACGAUCAUGUGAGGACAUAAUAAUGAAUGUUUUGUUGAUAUAGUUUAGAAACAAUUGAUCGUCGGGACGUGUAGUGGUGAUAUAAUUUUAUGCUUUGACUGGCGGUUUCCUGCGAGGACUGACGGAAGUCGGCAUGAAGAACUAGUGAAGCCAGAUAGAAAUAGAAUCUUGGUGCAUCAUAACGAUGUUCUGGUGAUCAGACGCUUCAGUUCGAAUAAAAUUCAUACUGACGAGAGCGGCGACGAGAUAGUGUGUGCUUCCUGAGCAGCUGUGACCUUAUAACCCCGCACAUCGACAAAAUGCUUUAUCACCACAACUCUAUUACCAACGUAGUGACCGGGACGAAGGUUCGUUAUCAGUCGCAGGCGAAACCCGACCACGUAAACAUGAACAUCAAAUGAGUGAUGAAAUUUAUUACCGUGACGCGUUUGUGGACGAAUGAUGUGCGUUAAACUGUUAAGAUGGGUGAUCUGCUACCGAGUAUACCGAGGAGUACGUUCGCGAGUGAGGUAGAGGGGGGCAACUACAGCCUGGAGGGCGGGGUGCUGGAGUACGGGUCCGACGCGGAGCUGGAGGCGGUGGAGCUGUUCCGGGACUACCCCGAGCCUCUGUUGCGCUUUGCUUCCGUGUGCUGCGUGCUGUUCAUGCUGGUCGGCAUCCCUGGCAACCUCAUCACUAUCGUUGCGCUCGCUAGGUGCAAAAAGGUUCGUAACGCUACGGCUGUCUUCAUUAUGAACCUGUCAUGCUCCGACCUUCUGUUCUGCUGCUUCAACCUUCCUCUCGCCGCUUCCACAUUCUGGAGACGGUCCUGGGCACACGGCAGGAUCCUUUGCCGCAUGUUUCCUCUGGCUAGAUACGCACUGGUCGCCGUAUCACUGUUCACAGUACUCGCCAUCACCAUCAACAGAUAUGUCAUGAUUUCACAUCCAAGGCUAUACCCUAAGUUGUAUCGACGCCAGUAUCUCGCUGUUAUGGUCGCUAGUACGUGGGCUUUCUCAUUUGGAGCGUUAAUAGCGACGUGGCUAGAGAAAUGGGGCCGAUUUGGGUUAGACCCUACGAUAGGAUCGUGUUCAAUACUCCCAGAUAAAAACAAUAGAUCUCCAAAGGAAUUUCUGUUCGUUGGAGCAUUUAUGUUGCCUUGUUUGGCUAUAGUUAUAUGCUAUGCUCGGAUUUUCUGCAUAGUAAGAGAAGCUGCAAGGAAAUCUCGGGCGCCAGCUCGAGGAAGGUCAAGGCCGGGCUUGGAAGACUCUGCUGUCGGAUCAGCCUCAACAGCACUAGAACGAUCUCCAGGUCUCGAGAAUGGAACCAACCAUGUCGCUCCACCUCGCAGAGCACUUCUUGCCCCUCCUGCCUUACACUGUCCUCCGACGCCAGGUCCUGAACGGUCUUCUUCCUCAGGCGUCGACACUUUAGACGGACACGAUGAAGAGUGUGCCCUAGACGCUAAACCAAGAACACCGAGUGGCGGAGAAACGGCAAAACGUCUACGACAAGCAGCUGUUGCGCUGAGGCGGUCCCCCGCCUCUGUCAGGCCACCUCGCCUCACAGCAAAAGACAGGAAGUUAUUGAAGAUGAUAAUGGCAAUAAUGUUAUCAUUCUGGGUUUGUUACUUGCCAAUUACAUUAACGAAAAUAUUUCGCGAGUUCACCUCGCAUCCUGCCGCGAACAUUGCGGGGUAUAUUCUCAUAUACUUGACUACGUGUAUCAACCCCAUAAUAUACGUUGUGAUGUCGAGUGAGUACCGGCAGGCGUACAAGAACCUGCUGAUGUGUCGUCGAUGGGCGUGACGUUCGCC